CAUAGAACCUCUUUGUUUCUUAGCUUCAUUCUGGGAACUGUCCCUAUUCCUCUUUCAUCUCUCAAUCCUUUUUCCCUGUAACGGACACUCUCUCCUCUUCCUAUUCCUCUUCUUCCUCCUCCUAUGGAUGUGCCUUUGACCACUCCCCUUUUCUCCUUUCUUCUUCUCCACAUUCCACAUUUCAAAUGAACCCACCCCCUUUCCUCUUUUUCUAACCCCACCCACUCCAUGGCUCUCCACGAUGAACCUCAAGUUCACGACAUUCAAACCACCCACUCCUUUCUCCUUGAUGCUCUUUUCUGCGAAGAACUUUGUUGCCAUGAAGAUUUGCCUGUUAAUGCUUCUGAUGACGAUACUCAGUACUGGGAAACUCUCAGAAAAGACCAGCCUUUUCUCGCUUUUAAUUUUCUGGAAAACGACCCUCUUUGGGCGGAUAACCAACUCCACUCUCUGAUUUCAAAAGAAGAGCAAACCCAAGUUUCUUAUGCUUCUAUGACCUCUGACGACUAUCUAAUUGAAGCCCGGAAUGAGGCUUUAUCUUGGAUUUUUAGAGUCAAACACCACUACGCUUUCUCUGUUUUAACCUCCCUUCUUGCUGUUAACUACUUCGAUAGAUUCGUUUCCAAUGUGAGGUUUCAGAGGGAUAAACCAUGGAUGAGUCAGCUUGCAGCUGUUGCUUGCCUCUCGCUGGCUGCCAAAGUGGAGGAGACCCAAGUUCCCCUUCUUCUUGACCUUCAAGUGGUGGAAUCCAAGUUUGUAUUUGAAGCCAAGACCAUCCAAAGAAUGGAGCUACUGGUGUUGUCUGCCCUUCAAUGGAAGAUGCAUCCAGUAACCCCCAUUUCCUUCUUUCAUCACAUUAUCAGGAGGUUACCUUUGAAGAAUGACAUGCUUUGGGAACUUCUUGGGAGGUUUCAGAACCAUCUCCUUUCUAUCAUAGCUGAUCAUAGAUUCUUGUGCUACCUGCCUUCUAUCUUGGCCUCUGCAACAAUAUUGUAUACCAUCAGUGAGAUUGCGCCAUAUAAUUUCUUGGAGUACCAGAAUGAGUUCCUCAGUGUACUUAAAAUUAAUAAGAAUCGUCUAGAUGAAUGCUACAAAUUCAUCCUUGAUUCUCUGGGCAGUCAUGACAGUUUGCAAAAUCUAAGUGACCAAAGCCAGCAAUUGUGUGAACUGGGCAGCCCAUGCGAUGUAUUGGAUGGAUACUUCAUAUCCGACUCCUCGAACGAUUCAUGGCCAAUGGUACCAUCUAUCUCACCCUAGCCUGAAACUCCUCGUUGAGAGAUCGAUUCAUCUGCCUACACAGUUAUGCUGGUUUAGCCAAAUUGCUGUUGAUGUUCCCGCUUUCUAUCAGCUUUCUGCUGAAGAAAUUGUUCCAGAACUCUCUUCACAUACAGUCACUGUAUCGUCACAUGAUUCUUGUAAUACGAUAUCCAAUGUGGUUUGUGGCCACAGCCCUUGGGAAGAAAACUAACGAGACUGAGAUCAAUGAUGUGAAGAAGCUUAUUAAUUCUUUCGCUGGUGGGGGGGUCGGGGGGGGAGAAAGGAGUGAGUGGGGUUGAGAAUGGAAGAGUUUGGUUGGCUUUCUAUGUUGAGUUAUGAACAGUCUUUUCCUGUACUUUAUCUGGGAUGAUAGAUGUAGGACUUCAAUUUGAUGUGAUUGUAAAUUCAAAUCCAGUUCUCUCUUCUCCUUCCUAAAUUUGGAUUUUUGCUACUUGUAAUCUUUUGUUCAAUCCAAAUGCUUCUGUAUUUUAUUUUAGUUUCAUACUA